AGAUCGUUCACAUUAAUAAUAGAAGCGUGGGAUUGGGAUAAUGAUACAAAAUCUGGUGAAGACUUGUUGAUAGAACGAGUGGCACAUGCUGGCAUGAUCAACCCCGAAGAUCGAUGGAAGACACUACAGUUUAAUGGUCCUGUUGCCCAUUUUGAAGUACAAAUAAGAGUGAAGUGUGAUGAAAAUUACUACAGUGCUCUGUGCAAUAAGUUUUGUGGCCCUCGAGAUGAUUUUGUUGGUCACUACACAUGUGAUCAAAAUGGAAACAAAGCCUGCAUGGAAGGUUGGAUGGGAGAAGAAUGUAAACAAGCUGUAUGUAAACAAGGAUGUAAUUUGCUCCAUGGGGGUUGCAGUACACCUGGGGAAUGCAAGUGUCAUUAUGGUUGGCAAGGACAGUUCUGUGAUGAGUGUGUCCGCUACCCAGGCUGUGCUCAUGGGAGCUGUAAUGAACCAUGGCAGUGUAAUUGUGAAACCAACUGGGGUGGCCUGCUCUGUAACAAAGAUCUGAAUUACUGUGGAAAUCACCAUCCCUGCCUGAACGGUGGAACCUGUAUGAAUACUGAACCAGAUGAAUAUCGCUGUGCUUGCCCAGAUGGCUACUCUGGAAAGAACUGCGAAAUUGCGGAGCAUGCUUGUGUAUCUAAUCCCUGUGCUAAUGGUGGAAUUUGUCAUGAGAUUUCAUCAGGCUUCAAGUGUCACUGCCCAUCAGGGUGGAGUGGACCAACAUGUGCUAUUGAUGUUGACGAAUGUGCAUCUAACCCUUGUGCUCAAGGAGGGACCUGUAUUGAUGGUGUUAAUUCAUUUGAGUGUAUAUGUCCACAACAGUGGAUUGGAGCAACAUGUCAGCUUGAUGCUAAUGAGUGUGAGGGGAAACCCUGUGUUAAUGCUUACUCUUGCAAAAAUCUCAUUGGUGGAUAUUACUGUGACUGCAUUCCAGGAUGGACAGGAGUAAAUUGUCAUAUCAAUAUUAAUGACUGUCAUGGACAAUGUCAACAUGGAGGGACUUGUAAGGAUGAAGUGAAUGGUUACCAUUGCUUAUGCCCUCGUGGUUUCACAGGAAAAAACUGUGAGAUGGAAACAAAUGAGUGUGAAAGCAAUCCAUGCCAAAAUGGAGGCCGUUGCAAAGACCUGGUGAAUGGAUUCAGUUGUCUGUGUUCACAGGGCUUCUCAGGAGUCUUCUGUGAGAUGGAUAUUGAUUUUUGUGAACCUAACCCUUGCCAGAAUGGGGCUAAAUGCUAUGAUCUGGGAGGAGAUUAUUACUGUGCCUGUCCUGAUGACUAUGACGGAAAGAAUUGUUCUCAUCUCAAGGACCACUGCAAGAACAAUUCUUGUAAAGUAAUAGACAGCUGUACAAUAGAAGUCUUCACUAAUGCUACCCAAGAAGGAAUCCGUUUCAUUUCAUCUAACGUUUGUGGGCCUCAUGGACGGUGUAUUAGUCAGCCAGGAGGAAAUUUUACUUGUGCCUGUGAAAGAGGUUUUACUGGAAUAUACUGUCACGAAAAUAUCAAUGAUUGUCUUGGGAAACCCUGCAAGAAUGGUGGGACAUGCAUCGAUGAAGUUGAUUCAUUUAGAUGUUUCUGCUCAAGUGGCUGGGAAGGAGAACUAUGUGACACAAAUUUCAAUGACUGUUCUCCUAACCCAUGUCACAACGGUGGCCGAUGCAUUGAUUUGGUAAAUGACUUCUAUUGUGAGUGUAAGAAUGACUGGAAAGGCAAAACUUGCCAUUCACGUGAAUACCAAUGUGAUGCAAAUACUUGUAGCAAUGGUGGGACAUGCUAUGAUGAUGGAGAUACAUUCCGCUGUUCAUGUCCUCCAGAAUGGAUAGGAAGUACUUGCAACACCGCUAAAAACAGCAGCUGUAUUCCAAACCCUUGCAUGAAUGGUGGAACAUGUGUUGGCAGUGGAGAUUCCUUUUCUUGCAUCUGCAAAGAAGGAUGGGAAGGACGUACAUGCACACAGAAUACCAAUGACUGCAACCCUCAUCCAUGUUACAAUGGAGGCAUCUGCGUCGAUGGUGUGAAUUGGUUUCGAUGUGAAUGCGCGCCUGGGUUUGCUGGUCCUGACUGCAGAAUUAAUAUUGAUGAGUGCCAGUCUUCCCCUUGUGGAUAUGGUGCCACUUGUAUAGAUGAAAUAAACGGAUACCGAUGCUCUUGUCCCCCUGGAAGAAUUGGUCCUAGGUGCCAAGAAGUGAUUGGAAUUGGAAAGCCUUGCUGGCUUAAAGGGAUGACCUUUCCCCACGGCAGCAGAUGGGAUCAAGAAUGUAACAACUGCCACUGUUUGGAUGGCCGUAUUGACUGCACCAAGGUGUGGUGUGGGAAAAAACCUUGUCUGUUACACAAACACUGGGAUAAUUCAAAUAACCAGUGUCCUGUGGGUCAACAAUGCCAGGAGAAGUAUAUGAAAUGUUUUCAGCCACCGUGCACAGACUGGGGAGAAUGCAGUGCCUAUGAACCUCUGCCUGCCAAUAUCAAGUGUCUGCCUAAUUCUGGAUAUUUGGACAAUGACUGUGCUAGAAUUACUUUAAUUUUUAAUGGAGACAAAGUCCCCCAGGGCACUACAACUGAAAAUAUCUGUUCUGAAAUUCGGUAUUUACCAGCUACUAGGACUGUUUCUAGGGACAGAACUCUGAUAAUUUUAUGUGAUCUGUCUUACUCCACAGAGAAUGCAGUGGAAGUUGCUAUUUCUUUUGUCCCACAUCGAGAUGAACAAGAUAAUAGUCUCAUACAGAAUGCUGCUAAUACAAUAGUAAAUGCAAUCACCAAGCGGCAAAACAGCACUGUUAUGUUGGCAGUAACUGAAGUCAAAGUAGAGACCAUAGUUGUUGGGAAUUCAUCGUCAG